AUGGCUUUCUCAAAGAAUCAUAGCUUUCUUUUCAUGUUAUUCCCAAUUCUAUUGAUUCUUGUGACGAUGUCAUUUGCUUCUGCGGGGCUUUUACCUUUCUCUGCAAAACAUGUUGUGAUUAUAAAUAAACUUGUAACACGUGCAACAUUAAUUGUGCACUGUACAAACAAAGAGGAAGAUAAGGGAGUGAUUUCACUCGGACCCGGAGAUAGCUUUGAUUUUAGAUUUCGUGUUAAUCUUCGUAAAACAACAGUAUACACUUGUAGUUUUGCUUGGCCUGGCAACACAGCAACAUUUGAUAUUUUUAGAGCUGAUAGAGAUGAUAAUCCGAGAAGCAAAGUUGGAGUUUGCAGCGAAUGUAUUUGGAGCAUCUAUGAACCAGCACCAUGUAGAGAUAGACGUGAUGGAGGUCAACCUAACUGUUUCCAAUGGGCUUCUUGA